CAGUAGCUCGCUGGAGGUGUGCAAGUCUCGGAGCCGAAGGGCAAAGCAGGUGGAGGAAAGUUGAGUGUGGCUGGGAUAAAGAUAGCGCGUCUGAGGUGAAAAAAAAUUAACUACAGCGUCGACUCUGGAGUUUUUUUCGUCGAUUUAAGGUGAAGGUUUAUUGUUCGGCAGGUGUCAGUUUCUCUCACUCUGCUUCUGGAUCACGUUGAAUGAUUAUAUAUUGUGAUGUUAUCCCUAAUCCUGAGUGAUUCAACAGUUGGUUACUGGUUGGGUGUGUCGUCAAUUAUGCUGCAGCUGAGAUUCCAUCACACUGUACAAUUGAGGGAUUGAACCUUGGAACCUCUUGGCCUGUACCUCAAUACUACACUUGGAAAUCUGAACAAUUAAGGAGCACAUUUUCCUUUCCAUACUGAUUUCCAACAAAGCUGUAGUUCUUUCAUACAUUGAUCACUCUGGAGACAAAAUUAGGAUUCAGCUCUAGAAGACCUUGAAGAAUGUCAAGAUAAGUAUUUGGCUUUAUAUAAUGAACCUACUGCUAUGGCAAGCAACACUCUUGAAGGCUUCCAUGAAGUGAACUUAGCUUCGCCUUCCUCUCCAGAUUACUCUGAACUGGCUCAGCUAGAGACUACAGAAACUGCUGCAUCAGGACUUGCUUAUCAUCCUCUUUCACUGGUGAACUCAACCCCAGUGCAACCCAGUACACUAGUUGCUGUAGACCUUCCAACACAGCCAAUUUAUCCAUCUUCUCAACACCUCAGCAGUGGGGAAUCAAGAAAUGUUAGCAAUCAAUUCUCCAUGUCAUGUGCCACCUCUGGAGCAGUACAUGGCUCACCAAAACAGCAGGCAAGUGAUAUUGGCAAUCAUCGUGCAGAGGUGGAGUUUUUACAAGGUGUACUAGCAAAUGAAGUGCAAGAAGAUGCAGAGGAUGCCUUAGGACAAAGUACAGACAGUCUGUCUCAUUUGAGAAGUCCAUUUGUACUGGAAGUAAGGGAGAAAGGCUAUGAAAGACUGAAGGAAGAACUUGCCAAGGCUCAGAGGGAGCUGAAACUAAAAGAUGAAGAAUGUGAGCGAUUAUCCAAAGUUCGAGACCAACUGGGCCAAGAACUAGAAGAACUUACAGCUAGUUUAUUUGAGGAAGCUCAUAAAAUGGUGCGAGAAGCAAAUGUCAAACAAGCUGCAGCAGAGAAACAGUUAAAAGAAGCACAAGGCAAGAUUGACGUACUGCAAGCUGAAGUGGCAGCAUUGAAAACACUAGUCCAGUCCUCUUCACCAACAUCACCUACCAAGGAGCUUCAACCAAAUGCAAAAGCUCAUUUUAAAAAGGGACAUGCUCGAAAUAAAAGUACAAGUGCUAUGGCCAGCAACAGCCAAGAGCUGAAUGUGAUGCAACCUAUUGUAAGAGAUUGUAAAGAGGUUGAUUCGCUUCUGUUUGGUGAAUUUAAAGCAUGGAAAGAAGAGCCAACAAUCGAUAGAACUUGCUGUUUUUUAGACAGAAUCUAUAAAGAAGAUAUAUAUCCUUGCUUGACGUUUUCAAAAAGUGAGCUAGCUUCAACAAUUCUUGAAGCUGUGGAAGGUAACACACUUAGCAUUGAACCAGUUGGAUUUCAGCCUCUCCCUGUUGUGAAAGCUUCGGCACUGGAGUGUGGAGGACCCAAUGGAUGGAGAGCUGAAAUUGUAACAAAGUGUGCCCUUAGUGGCCAAACUAAAACUUGUAAGCACCGAAUUAAAUUGGGAGAUUCCAGUAGCUACUACUAUGUUUCACCAUUUUGUAGAUACAGGAUUAUGUCUGUGUGCAACUUCUUCACUUAUAUUCGGUAUAUUCAGCAGGGUCUGGUUAAACAGCAAGAUGUUGAACAAAUGUUUUGGGAAGUGAUGCAUCUGAGGAAGGAAAUGUCACUAGCCAAACUAGGAUUUUACAAGGAGGAACUCUGAGAUCCAGCUGUUGGAAAAUGCAUGAGCUUUAAUGAGUGAUCAACAAUAAUGUGGUUUCUAAGACUUUAUUGUCCAAAUAUUUAUUUCUUUUAAGUAGGCCUACCAUCUCAUUUUUUUUCAGCAGCUACACUUAAGUAUUAUAAGGGUAGUUAAUUCUGACAUAUGACAACAGACUGAAAAAUAUUUUCUUUUCUGUUACAAGCUUUUAGUUUUGGACAUUUGAAGAACCGUGUUGAGUAUUUGCAACAGUAUCAGUGGCACUGCAUAGAAAAGAAGUUUAUGGGUGUAAUGAAAGCAGCUGAAAUAAAUUUUGACCUCAGUUAUCUGUUAUGCAAAAUGUUUGCAAGAAAAAUGAAUGCUUUGUGUGUGCUGGCUUUCUGUUUUCAUAUACUAUAUUUUAAAAUAGUUUGACAGGAUGUGGGGUUUUCAUUCUCUGAAUAGCAAAUCAAAUUUUCCAUCAUUUGAAUUCAAUUUCAUUUAAUAAUGAUUGAGUUAUUGAUUUCACAUUGUGCACUUUAAAUACAAUGUAUUUUCUAAGAACAACACUUUAUAAUUCAAUUCUAUAGCAAAUCUAAGACAAAUUAAGACAUCAAAAGGACUAAUAUGAAAUGCAUUAAUGAUACAUUACUGUAACAAUCUAUAAAUGCACUAAAUGACAAUAAAACUGGUAAAUGUUAGUUUGCAGUUUUGAAGAUUAUCUGCUUAUAAGACUAUUCAUAUAGUGAGAAUUCUGAUGCUACUGAAUAACCAGGAGAAAUUGAUGGGUGAAAGUUUUGGAACUUUUGAGAGUGUACUAUCUUGUCCUUUGUUUCUAUUUUUAUGCUCUACCAUGAAAUAAUUUCAAAAGGAAUUCUGUUCAAUUUUUUUUAUCCCAUUGUCAUUAUUAAUUACAUUGAUGUUUAUCUCUCAAACUGUUCUUAACCCUUAUGGGUACAAGGAAUAAUUAAUUCUUAAUUUGGCAUCCUGCGAAUUAGAAAAAAAACAAAUGCCUUUGUCAUUGACUAAAUGUGCUUGCUCAGCCUGUAUUGACAACAGUUGAUUGUUUCUUUGCCAUCUUCCUUCCUAUGUCUCAGACGGUGCAAGCGAAUGAUUUUAAUUAAAUUUCUUUCCAGUUAUAAACCUUUUAUAAAAAAUGGAAGAAAAUACUGUAUGUCAGAAGCAUUUUAGCUAGUAGAAGUCUUUAAUUUGCUGUUUCUUGGUCAUCAUGGAUAAUUUGGAUGAUACCUAUUUCAUCUUUUUGUUCUGCACAAUGUUACUUCCUGUUUCCAUGUAUUUUCCAAUUAUACCCUCCGAUGAAAA